AUGGCUGCCAUGGCCGAGUUCAUGUGUAUAUUUCGACGUCCUGGCAUGGUAAUAACCAAGUCGGAAGGCAUACGUCGACGUCAUGGCUUGGCCAUGCUUGAAGCAAGUGCAUGCAUCGAACUCAACAGCGUGCAGGAGCUCCUUCUCAGCUCGGACUGCGGUCUACCGUACUGCAUCGACUGCCCCAUUGAGGACUUGGAUUGUCCAUACCUACUUAGAGAAGCCCCGACCAAGCCCAAGCACCACCACUCCUCCAAGUCGUCGUCGCCAUCCUCCUCCACGAGGAAGAAGAUAAAUAGGUCCAUCCGCAAAGUCAACGAGUACAUCGGAACCAAGAAUGGUGGCGGCGACCCGGUCACAGCACUUCCAUACCGAGGCCAGGGUUUUGACCAGAGUGUUACUGAGCGUCGCGCAACUGUUGACAACGAACUCGCCAUGAUUAUGUUGAGGCUCAAUGGCACCUAG